AUGGCAGCAGCUAGCCACAAAAACUUCAGACUACGGGGCAUUCCGCGUGAUUGCGAGACUCGGAGUGAGGUCUGCAACCUUAUUCAGAAAACUCUGGCACUCGAGCCUAGCGCCAGUCCUACUGUCUACUCGCUUGCAUGUUCCCCCACCGAUCCCAAUAGCAAGAUCGCUACACUCAGCUUUCCUUCAAUUCCAGAAUGUUUAUCCGAUCGCACAAAGACUGAGUGGAGUUUUAACCUGUCCGAUGGUAACGACAUCGAUUUCAGCAGGUCUCUUGCUUUCGACACACACUUUACAGGUUUCACACCUUUUCACCGCACAAACGACAACGAUUGCCAUAUUGACUUGGUUGCAGUUUGUGGCCUUGGGGGGCAUGCCUUGGGUUCAUUCAAGGAAAAGAAUGGCCGCUUCGUUUGGCUUCGGGAUGCGCUUCCAUCAGACAUCCCGAAUGCAAGGAUUUUAACUUAUGGAUAUGAUACGAAGCUCUCCAAGAGCAGCGCCUUCCAAAAUUUGACAGACUUGGGACGGGCACUGCAGAUUGACCUUGAGGACAUUUAUGACCCGAACCAACCUCGUUCGAUACUUUUCAUCGGACAUAGCCUGGGUGGACUUGUCGUCAAAGAGGCUGUCCGAUUACUACAAGAAGAGCCUCUCGGGCCUGACUUUCCAAUUUUGAACGCCAUUUCCGGUUUCACCUUCUUUGGGGUUCCCCAUCGAGGCUUGGAAGUCGAGUGUUUGAUCCCUUUGGUAAAGGAUAACCCCAACCGGGCACUACUCGAAUCUCUUAACAAGAAUUCGUCACUUCUCGAUCAUCUACAGAAUGGCUUUAGCAAAAUAUCAAAAGCGAGGGGCUUUUCUGUUGUGUCGUUCUAUGAGACAGAGAAGUCCCCUACCGCAGUUUGGAUCGAUGGAAAAUGGGACAUGUCUGGUCCUAGCGAAGUGCUGGUAGAGGUAUUCUCGGCAACAUGCGGUUGCCAAAAGCAGCAUCCCAUCAACCGCAACCACUCUGAGAUGGUAAAAUACAGCGGUGUACAUGAUCAAUUGUACCGAAGAGUGUUGGUCGCACUACGUCCCAUAAUUGGUAUUUCACGAGGACGGCCUGGUAUUGGAGGUAUAAGAGAAGGUCCACAAGCUUGUGUUCAACUUUCAAGUGACGAUCAGGAAUGCCUGAAAUCGCUAUCAUUCCCUGAGCAAGAGCACAGAUACUCCGAGAUCUCUUAUGCGAGCGACACUUGCGACUGGCUUCUAGAAGACUACAACUAUCAGAAGUGGAUGAAUGCGGCUCGUGGGCUCUUCUGGAUUAAAGGAUGUCCUGGAACAGGCAAAUCAGUCAUCAUGAAAUUUGCAGUUGAUACAGUAAGCCGCAGGAAGUCUGGGGAAAUUAUCGCUUCCUUUUUUAUCCAUGGACGCGGCAUAGAACUACAACGGACACCUUUAGGCAUAUUUCGCGCUUUGCUGAAUUCUUUGCUCAUGUCGUUUCCAAAAUAUCUGGCGGAGCUCACAGAUGUCUUCCAAGAUAAAGAGAAGCGGUACGGAUCCUUUGACCAGAAGAACGGCUGGAGAUGGAAUGAAAAGGAAUUGGAGAAAUUCCUAUCCCGACUCUUGAUAGAGGGGACUAAAGAGCUACCGGUUGUCAUAUUCAUUGACGCGCUUGAUGAGUGUGGGGAACAUGCCAAAAGCCUACUAUUAUUUCUCAAGAGCCUCAUUGAGAAUGCGGAGCGACAGGGAUCCAUGGUCAAGAUCUGUUUUUCAUCGAGGCAUUUCCCGAUACUUGGCCAUGAGACGAUGGCGAAGGUCUAUGUGGAAGAGAGGAAUGACCAGGACAUCAGACUUGUCAUUGGAGGCCGACUCAAGGAGGUUCAGCCCGUGGAGAGGCGGCGAGAGAUCGAGAAAGAGAUCUUGUUGAAGGCCCAUGGGGGCUUCCAAUGGGCCAUACUCAUCACAAACAUGGUACUAGACGAAGAGUUGGCUGGCGCUAGAAUCGAGGACCUACUUAAUAUCAUAUCGACAACCCCACCAGACCUCGACGAGCUGUACGACGUCAUAUUGAGGGGGGCGACCAAUGACAAGCAUAAGGAGAUGGCCAAGCUGUUUCAGUGGGUUCUCUUGGCUAAACGACCAUUGUCAGCCCAGGAGCUCCGAGAAGCACUCGCUACUGACAAAGACAUGCAUUAUACAACAGUCUCGGAGCUCAGAUCUCAUGGCACCUGGUCGGAUUCUUUAUCCCAGUUCGAGAUGCGUGUCCGGCAUAUAUCCAGAGGCCUUGUGGAGUUCCAGAAUCGUGAUGUCUAUGAACAGUAUGAGCCUGGAGGUGAAGAAUGGAGCAGAGAAGCCCAGUUCAUCCAUCAGUCAGCUGCAGACUUUGUGGCACAGAAGUUUCUCGCCAAUAUUCGCCAAGAGCCGCUAUCUGGGUCCCCAGCUGGAGCCGGCCAUUAUGAGAUAUCCAGGUCUUUUCUCAGGUACUUGACGUUGGAAGAAAUCCUGAACGCAAAUGGUCUAUCGCGAGAGAAACUAUCAGCAACCUUCCCGCUGAUGCCAUACGGAGUAACAUUUCUUCUCGACCAUGUUACGGCCGUCGAGGAGGAAGCUAUUUGCCAGGCUGAUUUGGUGGCACUCAUUCAAUGGUACCAGCCAGGACGUCUUGGAAUGCUCGCGAGCAUAUGGAGAAUAAUGGACCCUGGCGGUACUCAUGCGCCUAGGGGCUGGCCCUUCUCCGGCGCCUCGGUUCUUCACCUCGCGAUAGCGUUUGGUUCCGCUAGCUUGCUGGAUACUUUACUACAGUGGAACAGCUCACAAUUGGAUACCAAGGACCCCGAAGGGAAUACCCCCCUUCAGCUUGCUUUGCGGGAGAACUAUCAAGAUAUGGCCCUCAUGAUACUGGAACGCUCAAGAAUAUGGCAGACUGAGAAUGACGCCUCUGCUUCAGAAGACUGGCCAACUGACACUGUGGUGCCACUCAAGUACCUCGGUCAUGUUAAUACCGCCAAUGUUGAUGGUGAAACACCUCUGAGCUUAGCCGUGUCCAUCAAAGCAGACACGGUAAUCCGAGGCUUGAUCGACGCAGGUGCUGAGGUCAAACACGAGAAGUCAUUGAUGUUUCAUGCCAUAAUUCAAGAGGAUAAGGAACUAGUAUACAAGCUUAUGAAAGAGGGUUCAGACCUUGACGGGGCUGUCUUCUUUGCAACACAAUGUUUGAAUCGGACUGAUGGUAGCGAUCAUGUCUUAAACGAACUUUUGAGGGUUUUCCUCGAGGGCGGUGGUGAUACGAGGAGAUACAGGGGUGUCGAGAUUGAUAAUAUCAUAGAGUUCGAGGAAGAUGAAGAGGAUGAAGGGGAUGAAGAGGCAAUCUUUGUCGCCAUACGUGGAGGUAGGGCGGCGGUGGCCAGUCUCUUAUUGUCAUACGGCUCUUGGGACGAUAUGAGUGCUCUACUAGAUGGAACUCUAAUAGUCCUAGCUAUUGACAACCACCAUUACGAUAUCGCCGCGGCCUUGUUUCGGAAAUCGCCACACACCAUUCUCUCAGAGUAUACCGCAGAUGUGACAGUCCUUGAGCAUAUUAUAAACACUAAUCUGGUUGAUUUUGCGCUUUUAUGUGUUCAAGAGGGCCAAGGAGCUUUAACUGUACAUCAAUUGCUGUAUGAAGCUGUUUCAAUGGGCGCACUUGAAUUUGUGGAUGCUUUGUUGGACAGGGAUGCAAGUACCGCAGAGUUAGCCAGUCAAGAAUGGGGCCGCCAUGAUGCGCCAUUCUUCGAAGCAGUGAACAGAAAUGAUGAAGAUAUGGUCGAUCUCCUUCUUCAUACAGGCCAGAUUGAUAUCAGCAUCAGAGAAGAGUGUGGCUACACCCCUUUUUUUGUCGCCGUUCAGCAUAGAUUCCUGAGUAUCGUCCAGCUGCUCCUCGACACAGGAAAGAUUGGUAUCAGCCAAAAGGACUUUCAAGAAAGAACAGUUUCUGCAAGAUCUAUCGUGGAUGAGUACCAUGUUAUGAGUGAGCGCAAGGCCGAUCUUGAAUCUACUAUGAUAGACGUAUGGUGCGAUAAUGGCACGGAGCGUUGCUUUUGGAGGGCUACCACAGAUGGAAAUUUAAGAAUGGUUAAACUGGUUCUCGAUGAGAGCAUGAUUGAGCCCAAUCAGACGUUUCAAGGAAAAACGCCACUCUUGUGGGCUAUGCACAGAGGGAACGAAGACAUGUUUAAGGUUCUUCUCAGCAGUUUCUUAGUUGAUCUGCAUUUCACGGACGAACGGGGACAAACGGCCUUUUCGUGGGCUCUAGACAAUAGCCAGGAUCGGAGGGUUCUGCAACUACUCAGUGCAAAAGGGUUUUCUCUCCAGAGAGAAAGCAACGACACUUCACGAAAAUUAUUUUGGUGGGCUAUGGGAAGGGGUAAUGGUGAUGUGAUCAAUAUGCUUCACGAAAGUGGCAAGUACGAUAUUGACACGAAGGAUCUAUGGGGAAGGACGCCGUUAAUACUAACUGCUGAUGCGAAUGCUGAGGAGGCCAUGAGGGUACUUCUUGAGACAGGUAAGGCUGAUAUACAGGCGGUUGAUGACAGGGGCGAGACAGCACUUUCAGUAGCUGAAAGGAGGGGCUACAGGGGGAUAUUCAAUCUACUGUCUACUUACAUUCAUCGGAGCAAUGGACUUGCCAUUAGGGAUGCAGACUAG